AUGAAGAGUGACCCGUCCCUGACUGGUACUUGGAAGAUGUUGGAACUGGCAAGGAACAAGGACGUCGGAAGUGGGAAGAGGAUGUCGGAGGUGGCCCUGGCUCAGUCCACGGCUGGCGAGGACUCAGGCUUGUACAAGGUGGUGUCAACCAAUGGAGUUGACUCCCUUGGCUUGGAAGCCUUUGCCAGCCAAAUGGAGGAGGAGAUUGGCCAGCAGCUCCCCGCAGGGUCUGGGUGUGACAGCGACACUGCCAAGUGUCCCUUGGAAGUGACACUGCUGUUCCCAAGCCAACACAUCAGGCCUGAAGCUGUCCGCACACAGGGCCAGCACAGCCCCAGAUCCGCUGCUGGUCGCAGCCGAGAGCUCCUGGUUUGGAUCCCCAGCCUUGAGCCUGUGGUACCAAAGGCGCUCAGGCCCUGCCCCGCCAUGGCACCGCUGCUGCUGCUGCUGCUGCUGCUGCUGGGCCUGGCCCCCGGCCUGGCCCGGCCCCUGAGGCCCUGCCCGGGGCCCUGCCGCUGCCGCGGGCGCCGCCUGGACUGCAGCAGCGCUGCCCUGGCCCGCGUGCCCCCGGCCACCCGCCAACGGCCCUUCUCCGUGCUGGAUUUCACUGGGAACGCGCUCGCCCUCAUCCCCCCGCAGGCCUGGCAGGGAUACCCAUGGGCUCAGAAGCUAGUCCUCCAGCACAACAACCUGCGGGCAGUGAAGAGGCGCUCGCUGGAGGGGCUGCUCCUGCUGAGGCACCUGGAUUUAUCUUACAACAAAAUCCAGCUGAUCGAGGCGUGUGCUUUUGAGAACCUUCCUUUCCUGGAGACCAUAAGCCUGGAGGGAAACCUCAUCACCGAGAUCCGGAGCGACACGUUCCGGGCAUGGCACGGGAUGCAGUUCCUCCAGACACUGGUCCUGAGCCAUAACCCCCUGUCUGUUAUCGAGGACACGUGGUUCUUCAGGCUGCCUUCAGUCACUCACCUGGACCUGGGUGCCACACGCGUGACUCGGCAGACGCUGCUCAUGCUGCUCCUGAGGACACCCCGCUUGGAAACACUCAAGCUGUCCAACGACACGGCCUGCUGCCUCUGCCAGCACAAGCACAGCACCGAGACCCCGUGCAGGACCCUCAGCUUCGACUGCAUGAGCGUGUGCAGCAGCACUGCUCCCCGCUGCGCUCCCCUGGCAGAGACACCAGAGCUCCUGAAGGGAACGGUGCCACCCAGGAAAGGGAACAGCAGCUCUGUGUUGAAUCUGCAGCCUAAGGAGCCUUCCCUCAGGGGGCAGAGAACCGUCACACUCACAGUUCUCCUGAGCCUGAGCAGCCCCAAUGCAUCAGCACCUUCCUCUCAGCAGCUCUCGAGGCAGGAGGGCAACACCACCAAGGAGCUGAUGGUGAUGCUGCAGAGCAUUCAGCACAGGGGCUGGAGCAGCUCUAUUGACACCAGGAGGUUCUAUUUUCUAGCAGAGGAGCUCGUGGCACAGCUGAAGAAGAAGCUGCACAAGGCCAUGAGCAUCCUGACUGUGAAGAGCCCCAGCACAGCCCGGCCAGCGCAGAGGGACAAGGGGCAGGAGGUGGCAGUAGAGGAGGGAGGAAGAGCCAUAAGCUGGCAGCAACAGGAGCCUGGCUUAGACUUGAUCCGGGCAGAGUCCAUCUUAUGGGAAGCAGUGCGGAGUAUGAACCUCAGCGACAUCCUCCCAGUCUCCAGCCACCAGAGAACAGCCACCCCUGCUACAGCACAGCCCCCUACACAAUACCCAACAGAGGCCUCGCACCUCGCCCGGUCCGGCGAGAGUCAGGAUCAUUCCGACGCCAUGGAGCAGACCAACACGACUGACGGGAUGGAGAAUGAGGAUAAUGCAGAAGAUGAGGAGGCAUCAUCCCCAACACAGGACUCUGCUGGGACAGAUGAGGAGCAGAAGCAGCAGGACACUGAUGGGACAGUGGGCAGCAGGGCUGCAGAAGAAGAGCCCGCAGCAGCAGAGGGUAGAGCAGAGCAGAGACUGAGCACUACCCAGUAUUUCUAUGCUCUGCUGGCUAAAAACGGCCCCCCUGCUGCCAGCAGCACGCCAGAGGACACGGCUGCAGCAGAGCGCUCCUCUCUAGGCGGGAGACCACCCACCGCCCCUGCAAGCACCACCACACCCGGGCAGCACAAGGAGCAGGAACCCCCGACCCCAACGGCACAGGGCAGCUCCAGCGCCCCGGGCAGAGCAGCCAAGCGAGGACCCCCCUUUGACACCCUGCUCAGCCGCCACCUCCACGCUCUGGUGCCAGAUGGAGCCCUGCGCAGGUUCAUGGCACAGGAGGCUCGAGCCCUGCGGGGGGACUGUGGCCUGCCCCAGCUCCAGCAGGCCUGCGCCAAGAUGGUCUCGAGGACGGGGCUGCUCCUGAAGCUGCUGAGUGAGAGGCAGCGUGGCCCGGAGCCCUCUGACCUCCUUGAGCAGUGUGUGUGGGAGGAGGAUGCCGGCACCUCUCGUGACCAUGCCCAAGUCCAGCCCAGGCGGAUGCACAGUGAAUCUGCAGAGACGGAGGUGCCCAAGCACACCUCUGAUCGCUGGCUGCCGCUGGUGCUGCCGCUCUCACUGCUCGCUCUGAUGAACCUCAUCAUAUGCGUUGCUCUCCUGGUGCAGUGCUCUUUCAAGGUCUCUGCCAAGAAACGUGCCAAGGAUUCCCAAGGCAGCAGCAGAUGGUGUCUGAAGCGGUGCUUUCGGAAGCUGCGGCCCAAGUGGUGGAGCAGGAGCAAGGACAUGGACAGGGACGAGGAGGAGAAGGUGCCCCUGAUUCAGCGCGGUGCUCAGGAGGAGGCAGAUUUGGACAAGAGGGUCUUUGACAUAAGGUGCUGUAGCACUGGGAGCGGUUGA